CCCGCUUCCAGUGCCCCCGUCUAACUACAGCCAGCAUGGUUCCUCCCUCCGCUAGAUGCUAACCAGGGCGGACAGCUGUCUGACCACACUCCGCCGAUUUUCUCUUCCGAGUGACUUUCUCCCCCCCCUGGACCACACGAUAGGAGUCCUCGAGUGAUACGAUGGCGAUUGUCUGCAGAGUCUCCCGAGAUAGUACUGCUCAGUCCUCGAACCAGUAACUCGGGCGUAUCUUAGGUGCCAUGCGAGACUUCUCCAGCUUGUCUGUCGACGAACAUUCGCCCAUGAGACGCCAUGUCUCCGGAGAAGAGCGAUGCUGGGCAAGAAACCGUGACCCGCCUUGAGGCCGAAGGGCCAACGAACAAUGACAGCAGCAGCCAUAACCGUGACACACCGCAUAGCUCGACAGCAACCGGCCAGACAAAGUGCUCGAUCUGCCAGAGCACCUUCAGGCGACCAGAACACUUGAAGCGUCAUUUCCGAAGCCAUACCAAGGAGAAGCCAUUUGAGUGUGCGCAGUGUGGCCGGCACUUUUCGAGAACGGAUACUCUUCACCGCCACGAACUCAGUCACCAUAAUGCUGGAAUGGAAGGGGGGAAGGAUCGCACGCACCGAAUAACCGUCAAGACGUUCCGCGCUUGCUAUAAGUGCGCCAUCGCAAGGGUACGAUGCAGUGGAGGCUCGCCAUGUACACGUUGCGAGAACCGGUCCCUUGAGUGCCAGUAUCCAACCGAGAGACGUUCGAAAGCGAAGGCCCGAAAGGAGGCCCAGGCCUCUCUUGCCAAUGAUGACGCAUCGUACGGGCAGUCUCCCCAUCCUAUUCAAUCUACAUUGGCAAAUGGCUCUGAUCUGCGCCCGUCGCGGAAUGGAGAACGAUCAAUGCCACCGCCUUUCCAAUACCAGGUGACUCAAUUUCAACUCCAAAUGCCUGUGUCAAGUGUUUCUGGCACGGUGGCGUCCAAUGUUCCAGCAACUGCUGAUGGCUUCGAGCUUGGAAAGAGAUCUUCGGACGAACUCAGGGGCAACGGACAAGCUUCUGCUAUGGAAGAAACCUCGAGAUCCGUCUUCUCAUCAAGUUCGGAUAGAGAGAUCCAAAAGGCGCGUGGCUCUUUCCACCAAUAUGCUGGUGUGGGACUACAGGACACGUACUCACACGUUGCUACAUCGACCGAAAAGAUGGCCGAAUCAGCCCAUCAAUCCAAGAGCUUCCAUACAGCCGGAGAAGACCCUAAUGGCAUCGCGACAGUACGAACAGUAGAGAACCAGCAGGUACGGAUGGAGCUAAUGCGACCUCUGAGCCAGUCCACGCUCUCUACAAUCAACUGGCUUCCCCAGAAUCCACUUGAUUCCAACGACCACAGUCAUCCAUUGAACUCCUCCUACCCAAAAGCAAUUGGAUCAAAGCCUCCAGAUGUUUCUCUGAAUCAAACGGCCUGGUUUCCAUCAAUUACUGAUAGUAGUCCAAUGGCGUCAGAGAAUGUGUCUCGGACACCAUCCGGGAACACCUCCCUGGGUGGUAAUACCGAAAGUCCAAGUCAAAUAUCCCAAUCGAAGUAUAACAAUGCCACCCAGCGCGCAGGAGAUCACUUCAUGGAUGGAGCUGUUCCGGGAUUCUCGAACUUCAGGCGGGAACGGGACGCCUGGUCAGGAUUGUCCACGGUUUCUGCCGACGCUUCCAUACAGCUGCAGAGAACAAAUGGGCAACCUCAGUUCUUGUUCCCGAUUCUCCCCGAGGCAAGAGUUCAUGCCGCAAACGAGGACCAAAAUGACCGUCAAUAUCCACUCGAGCCAUCAACAUACCACAUGAUACAUAACGCGUUCGUACAGAUGUGCAGCACAGACAAUUUUCUAUAUCCAAAAUUUGAAUCAAACUACUUCCCCGAUGCGAAGAUACUGUCAAGCUUCAUCUACCUCUAUUUCGACAAUUUCCAACCUGUCUAUCCGAUAUUCCACCUUCCAACGUUCGACCUGAAUAAAUGCCACUGGCUGGUGGUGCUGACACUGUCAGCAAUUGGCUGUCAUUUUGCCGGUCUUCAAGAACAGAGCGAGUGUGCACCGGCAUUUCACGAAUUUCUCAGGCGUGCUAUAACUGUCGAGAAAGAGAAGUGCUAUGAGGACCGAGCACCCAUCUGGCUUCUUCAGGCGAUAACACUGAACUGCGUUGGGCUACUUUACAGUUAUGACGAACGAGCUAGGGUUUCUGCGCUGAAUAGUUUCGGCGAUUUGAUCGGUUUUGUGACCCAUGAAAAUCUCCUUGGUCACUCAGACAAAUCGAUGCCGCUCACAGGCGGGCAAAUGCACGAGCAGACAUGGGAGUCGUGGAUUGAAGACGAGAUCCGCAGACGGACCGGCUAUUUUAUAUGGCUUCUGGACUGCACAAUAGCAUACCACUUUGACAAGCGCCCUUUGCUCUCUCUUGACGAUGGGCAAGCGAAGUUGCCUUCUCACGAGAUUCUCUGGAAAGCACAAUCCUCCGGGGCUUGGCAGGAACUUCGGGAAAGAGUUUCAGGUCAGGAAGAAGUUUCGCUCUACGAUGCGGUUCUUGUUAUGUACAUCGAAAAGAAGCUUGUACCGGAUAUAGGAGAAUUCAGCCAGGUUCUGCUCGUCCAUGCACUAUAUCAUCGCAUGUGGGAAGUAGGCGACUACUUCCGUCGCCCUUUGUCUUUUUGGAACCCAACGUCAAAGAAACAGUCCCGGCAUUCCGCAAUUCCCCCGGGUUCUGUAUGGCUUCCCGGGGUCCCCUCAUAUUCAAAGUGGCGCAACAGUGCGUGUGAUUGCUUGGAUAUACUUCACUGGGCGGCUAGCAGCGCCGUAGCCAGGGCCGCUGGCCUUGAGCAUCCUACCAUCUUGCAUCUCCAUUCGGCACGCAUAGUCCUCCUGGCCCCGUUUCGUGAAAUUCGAUCGCUGGCAACCUCAUUAGCAAAGGAAGAGACCCGUUGGAGUGGGCGCCAGCAGACCCUUGAAUGGCACUACAUUUUACGCUGGGUCAAGCACGACCAGUACAAGGCCCGCUUGGCGGUUAUACACGCAGGUGCAACGCUGUGGCACGCUCGCGAGUAUUCGAGCCAUGCAUUCCAUGAGUCAGUUGCCGUCUUCCUAGCAACACUAACUCUCUGGGCGUAUGGCUCAUGCUACGCCCCCGUAUCUGACAUGAACACUGGCCUUGAAACCAGACAUGACAUGCCAGAAAACCCGAUGCGUAUCCACCUGGACAGACCCUGUGAUGAUGAGCUGGCUCAACUUUUUGUCCGUGAAGGCCACGGAAUGAAAGCGGUUCUGAGUGGCGUAGGCGACGUAUGUGCCCCGCAUGGACCAGAGAAGACCCUCAAUGCUGGCUGCAUGGCACUUACCCGCCUUUCCUCGUGGGGUAUAUCCCGGCGGUUCAUCGCGAUCCUGGCAAAACUUGCUGAGUUGGUUUCCGAACCAUAAAAAGUGCUGCUACUGGAAUACAAGUGAUUAUGAGCUAUGUAUAUUAGUGCUUAUAUAGUUAUGACGU